AUAAUCGAGAUAUGGAGAGCAGGAUCAAGAGGAUUCUUGGGAGGUUGGAAGAUCUUGAAAAACACAAGGAUGUCCUUAGACUUAAAGAGAGUCCUGUUGGUGAGAGAUCAUCGCUGAGGUUACCUUCAACAUCUCUGGUAGAAGAGUCUGAAGUUUAUGGCAGAGACAAAGAGAAGGAUCAUAUAAUCAACUUGUUGUUAUCAAAUGAUGAAGGCGGCAGCAGCAGUAAGAUAGGGGUGAUUCCAAUUGUGGGCAUGGGUGGGAUUGGAAAAACCACCCUUGCUCAACUAGUUUACAACGAUAAAAAGGUUGUUGAGUGCUUUGAUUUUAUGGCAUGGGUCUGCGUUUCUGAACAAUUUGGUGUGUUUAGCAUAACAAAAACGUUGCUUCAAUCGUCUUCUUCUUUUGAGGAUAAAGUGACGGACCUGAAUUUGCUUCAAGUUAAGUUGAAAGAGAAGCUAACGGGAAAGAAGUUUUUGGUUGUCUUAGAUGACGUAUGGAAUGAGAAGCCGGCUGAUUGGGAUAUCAUGAGUCUACCUUUCAAAGCUGGGGCUCAAGGAAGCAAGAUAAUUGUGACAACAAGAAUUGAAAAUGUUGCUUUUAUCAUGGGAACAUUUCCGACUCUUCAUAUUGGGGAAUUAACAGAGGAAGAUUGUUGGCAGUUGUUUGCUAAGCAUGCAUCUGGCAAUGCUGACAUUACUUCAUAUCCAGACUUAGAAACAAUUGGCAAAGAAAUUGUUAAGAAAUGCAAAGGCUUGCCAUUAGCUGCGAAAACACUUGGCGGCCUUUUGCGUUCAAAGUUGGAUGCCAAGGAAUGGGAAAACAUAUUAAAAAGUUCCAUUUGGGAGUUGAAGGAUGACCAGAGCAACAUUCUUCCAGCUUUGAGAUUGAGUUACCAUCAUCUCCCUUCACACUUAAAACGGUGCUUUGCUUAUUGUGAAGUAUUCCCCAAAGACUAUGAAUUUAAGAAGGAAGAUUUGGUCUUGUUAUGGAUGGCAGAAAAGCUUUUACCAAAUUCAAGUGUAGACAGGGGAAGUGAAGAAUGGGGUGAAGAGUUUUUUAAUGAUUCAGUAUCCAGAUCAUUUUUUCAGCCAUCAAGUACUCGUGUUGGUGCUUUUACAUUUGAAGCAAAAGAAAGAGAUGGAAACUUCUUCUUUGUGAUGCAUGAUUUGAUGAAUGAUUUGGCUAAAUUUGUAGCCAAGGAGUAUUGUUUACAACUAGAAAAUGGCAACUCAAGUGAGACCAUGAAGAAGGCGCGCUAUCUUGGAUAUAUUCCUGCACGGGAAGAUCCAUAUAAGAGAUUCAAGUUUGUUUCAACAGCAACUCAUUUGCGCACCUUUCUACCAAUAUUGCAUUAUCGACGCCGACACUAUAACGAGAUAUCUAUCAAAGUAGUAGAUGAUUUGCUGAAGUUGAGGUGUUUGAGAGUCUUUUCUUUGUGUGGGUAUCAAAAUGUCCAUCAGUUGCCCAAUUCGCUCGGUGAACAGAGACAUCUUCGCUUCCUAGACCUUUCGAACACAAGCAUCAGAAUGUUGCCAGAGUCAGUAAGCAUGCUUUCCAAUCUACAGACAUUGAAAUUACUUGGUUGUGAUGAUCUCCAAAAGUUGCCAAAGAAUAUGCAUCGUCUCAUUAACUUGAGACACCUUGAUGUCCGUUUAUGCGACAACCUAGUAGAGAUGCCAACGCAAAUAAGUAGAUUGAAAAGUCUCCGAAUAUUGAGCAAAUUCAUUGUGGGAAGAGAUAGUGGGACCAAGAUUGGAGAGCUGAAGGAACUUUCAGAUCUUCAUGGGGAACUUCACAUAAUGAAUUUAGAAAACGUUGUAAAUCCUAAGCAUGCUUUAGAGCAGGCAAAGCUGAUGGAUAAAAAUCAUCUUGAGACGUUGAAGUUGCAAUGGAACUACAAUGGUACUAAUGAUGAUCCAACCCAUGCGCGGGAUGUACUCGACAUGCUACUACCUAAUAGAACCUUGAAGAGGCUUGAGAUUUACCAAUACCCAGGCAAAGAAUUUUCAAAGUGGGUUGGGUGUGAUUCGUUUGCCAACAUUGCCUUUCUAGAGCUUUCCGAGUGUCGAAACUGCUCUUCACUGCCACCACUCGGGCAACUACCUUCCCUCAAAACUCUUCACAUUUCGGCAUUUGAUGAAGUUGUGAUUGUGGGUCCAGAAUUUUAUGGAAAUGCAAGUCAUGGGAAAGAGCCAUUUUCAUCAUUAGAAAUCUUAAAGUUGAGUAAUAUGUCAUCCUGGCAGAAAUGGAUUCCAAUGCAAGCUGAAAAUGAAGAUGGUGGGACUUUCAAAAAGCUAAAAGAACUUGAGAUUGACAACUGCGACAAGCUCAUUGGGGAUUUGCCUCGCUACCUUCCUUUGCUAACGAAGCUCACAAUUAGAUGUCAAGGUCAGCUUGCUUUUUCACUUCCAACAAUGCCAAGUGUCUGUGAUAUCGAUGUUUGUGGCCUUAGCAAUGAACUGGAAGUAAAAUCAUUCUUUGAGGCCUUGAAGCGCAUGGAAUCACGCCCUCAAAACUUGGAAAUUUCCAAUAUUUCUUCCUUGAUACCGGUUGGAUGUCUGCCAACUACUCUAGAAAAACUUGAUAUAAGUCACUCUGGGAAUUUAGAAUUUCUACUAGGCCACGUCCACGAGUCGCUUCAAGUUCUUAAGAUACGGGAUGGUAGUUAUUCCCUUGGGUCCUUCCUCCUUGAUUCUUUUCCCAAGCUCAGAGACCUUGAUAUUUCUGAUUCCGAAAGUCUAGAAUCCCUGACAGUGUCUAAUGGGUUAUGCCAGAACUUGACAUCUCUCAUGAUCGAGUCGUGCCCCAAUUUUGUAUCAUUUCCUAAAGGUGGAUUCCGUGCCCCCUGUCUCACUUCCCUUUAUUUUUUUCGGUGCAAGAAAUUGAAGUUGCUGCCGGAGAAAAUGUAUGACCUCCUCCCAUCUUUGCAAAUUAUAUUCAUUCAUGAUUGUCCAGAGAUGGAGUCUUUCCCUCAAGCUUGUUUGCCAUUUAGUUUGUCUACUCUUUCUAUUUGGUUUUGCGAUAAGCUCAUUGACUCCCGGGUGAAUUGGAAUUUGCAAAGGCUCCCCAAUCUUACACAAUUUAGUAUUUCCGGAUUUAAUGAAAAUGUGGAAUCCUUUCCCGAGGAAGGGCUACUGCCUACCACUACUACCGAUCUUUAUAUUGGACGAUUUCCACGUCUUAAAGCCCUGGACAAUAAUGGGCUUCAACAACUCACCUCCUUGAAACAUCUAGAGGUCUUCGACUGCCCUAAGUUGCUGACAAUCCCAGAAGAAGGGUUUCCGACCUCUCUUGAAAUAUUGGAAAUCUCUGAAUGCCCUCUGCUUGAGAAAAAAUGCAAAAGGGAUGAGGGUGAGUAUUGGAACAAAAUUGAUCGCAUCUUCUGCGUAGAAAUCAACUACGAGAUCAUUUCAUGAUUGUUUCAACGCAGACAAAUCCACGCCUUUCCCCCAAACAAGUUUUUGCUCAGAGAGAGCAAGAACUCAAGAAGAGGAAAUAAUAUUGGUGCAAAAAGUCCACUGGCAACGAUGUUCCACUAAAGCACUUGAAGAGAAUUUGACGUGUUGUGUAAGGUGGAAUGGUGAUGUGCACUGCAGCAGCUGAUAUGGCAUUUUUUUGGGGGGGGAAGCGGAAAUUUUCAAUUCAAAGUAUGGUUCCAUCCGUUGAGCAGAAAAUAUUGCUACAAAAUAACCUCGAGGAUUCUCCUAGCUGGCAGUGACUUAUAUUACACAUUCAGGAUCUCCCAUCCUAUAUCCGUUCAAGAAGAUGGAAGUCAAUACUGAAGCUUUGAACUGUCUUACAAAUCCUUCAAGUCAUAGGAGUGGCAAGCAAAGCUGCCAAUCCUUCUGCCAGAUCAAGUUUUCCUCAUUCAAUUAAUGCCUUGUGUCUAAUGCAAGCAGGCCUCUCAAGAUGGUGCAAAGGAGAACGGACUUCGCAACUUGAAAGAAUCAACGUUCUGAGUGCUGUGAGGCUAUUGCAGGCAGGACUUUCAUGUGGCUGCUCUUCAAGUUGCUCACAUUUGCCAUGUAAAACCUGUGUCACACACUUCGGCGAAUCACCCGUGAGAGCUGCAACGAAGUAGGGCAAUGAAAUCAAAUUGCCAACCAAGCUGUAUGUACUCUGUAGGAGGUAUCCGGCAAGGAAGCGUGUCAAGCUACUCCUAAAAUGAGGAGUGGUGGAUGACAUUUUGUGAUACCAAAUUGAGGAACCUUUCUAUCUCGACUCCAUGUAUUGCAGAAGAUGGUAGCCACACGAGGAAAAGCUACGAAAUUGAAACAAUUUUUUAUACUGUCUUAUAGAAGCACAAUAAGAUUCUUGAAGCCAUGAGUGCAAAGCCUCGAGUUAAAAGAAAGGUCUGCCACGAAAGGCACAGUUACGAGAUUGGUCAUUCGUAACAUAAAAUGGUCAAUGUUCUGAGAGCUAUGC